CAGGCACUGCAGAAGGAGCAGGUCGUGGUUUUGGGGGGCUAGGGAAGAACUGCCACUGCUUCGUGCCUCAGUUUCCCCCCAGGAGCAGCGCUCGUCCCCCUGCUCCCCAGCAGGAGAGGGCUGCGGGGUGUUAUUCAGCGCCGGGAGCGGAAGGUUAAUGUGUUGUUACAGUCACUAAUUAGGAGCCGUGGGCGUGUGGGGCAGUUCCUAUUUUUCACGGCUCCAUCGCUGGAGUUUGCACUCGCUUUAUGGCUACAGGUGUGCAAAUUCUGAUUUAUCAGGGCACUGCUCCCUGCGGGGAGCACAGGACACCCCACAACCACUGUGGGACAGAAGGGAGGGGACAACCAGGGUGACAACACCGCGGCAAAGCCCUUUUUAAAGAGGGAAGAUGGAGCCGUGUGGGCUCUGCCCGUCCCUCCGGGCUCGGCUCUCGCGGCACCUUGUGGAUGGGGCCGUCUGCCUAAAAUGAGCCCAAGCUGCCGACAGCUCAGCGAGAGCAGCCUCUUCUUUGUAAUUUCUCUCUUAUUAAGCGCGAGAGCCUCGGCUCGAAGCUCACGCUGGCAAAAAUCAAUGUUUCCACGUCGAGGGAAAUACUUACAAACCUCUGUCGUUUUCCUAAGGGCUGUAAAUAACGCUGCGUGUGGCACUUCGCGCGGUGCCGCUGACGGCAGCUCCGUUACCGCUCGCUUCAAUUCACGCCCUCGCAAAGCAUCGGUCGGGCUCGGGGAGCCAGUGGCUGGAAUGUUCUGGGGCUCAGUGUGCACCGUCCUUGCACGACGGCUGCAUUUGCACCACGGCCCUUGCACGACGGCUGCGGUGAGAAGGACCCUGGGCACUGUUUGCUCCCCAGAGCCUGGCGUGUGCUCCGUGGCAGGAGCAGCGGGAUUGAGGGUCCAGGGACGGGGUGGUGGUUGGUGACAGGGACAGACUCGGUUCUAGGCUGGAAUAACCACUGUGGCUGCAGAUGAGACCCCCCUCCUCUUCUCCUCUCCAUAUCCCUGGCCGACUUAUCCAUCCGUUCUCACCCCAGCAGCGUGCUUGAGCUUCAAUAGCUCCUCUCCCAUCCCUGGUGGCGCAUUCCUAGUGCAAUCCCACCCCUUCCCCGCUCUCGCUGCCCGUGCCGCACACAUAAAGCAACCCCCGUCCUUGCCCAUCCAUCCUGGCGCAGGAGCCACUUGUUCUCCUGCUGUGUUUCACCUUCCCCGUGAUUUGUAGCUCUGCGAUUUUACGGGGCGAGAUGCCUCUCCAGGGUCGGCGGCGUUUUAUUCAUUCGCAGCGGUUUUUAAAGCCAUCAUCUGCCUGAGACGGUGGGUUUGGUCCCACCAGGAGUUGGGCUGUAGGUGAGGGGGGGGUGAGGUUUCUACCUUGCUGAAUAAUUCACCCCGGUGUGAUGCUUGUGCUGCUCCAGAGGACGCUGAGACGGUGACAGAACAAGUCUGAGCUCUGGGGAAAAAGGGCUUUGACACGUCGGUGGGUGCUGCAAACCGGCCGCGCGGCUCCGGCCUCGGCAAGCGGCGGGCCGGCCGCGGCACGUGGCUGUGCCGGCUGCCGCGGUGACUCAGCCAUCACCUGGGUUUGUCCCCAGCUCACCCGGCAGGAAGUGAGUCAGGUUUUAAGGAAGAAAAAUGUGAAAAUGAUGGGGCAAGAGUCCUUCCGGCACGGGGAGGAAGGGCGGCGCCGGGCACGGGACGGGACGGGGAUGGAGGCUCAGAGAUGGACACCUUCAGCACCAAGAACCUGGCCCUGCAGGCCCAGAAGAAGCUCUUGAGCAAGAUGGCAACCAAGACCAUAGCCAACGUCUUCAUUGAUGACACCAGCAGCGAGAUCUUGGAUGAGCUCUACCGGGCCACCAAGGAGUACACCCACAACCGCAAAGAGGCCCAGAAGAUCAUCAAAAACCUCAUCAAGAUCGUCAUGAAGUUGGGCGUGCUCUACCGCAACGGGCAGUUCAGCCCCGAGGAGCUGCUGGUGAUGGAGCGUUUCCGCAAGAAGGUCCAUACCUUGGCCAUGACGGCUGUCAGCUUCCACCAGAUAGACUUCACCUUCGACCGCAGGGUCAUGUCGGGUGUCCUCACGGAGUGCCGGGACCUGCUGCACCAGGCUGUCAACGGCCACCUGACGGCCAAGUCCCACUCCCGCAUCAACCACGUCUUCAACCACUUUGCGGACUACGAGUUCCUCUCGGCUCUCUACGGGCCGUCCGAGCCCUACCGCACCCACCUGAAGAGGAUCUGCGAUGGGGUUAACAAGAUGCUGGAGGAGGACAACAUCUGAAGGUGGCUGAGAUGGCAGCGAUGCUGGACUCUGCCUCCUGUGAGACCGAGGACAGGACGUACGCCUGUUUUGACCACCACCAGGCUUGAUGUCCUCUUCUCCUCUGCAGUGCUAAUUUGUUUUCUCCUCAUUUCUACAAAAGACUGAACCUCUUGACUUUGUCUAACCCUUGCCCGGGGUCUGCAAACCGCCCUGUGCUGGGCUGAGUCCUUUUCAGGUGGUCCUGGGCUCCUCCUGUCCACUUUGAUUUCCCUUUUUCCACCAAGUGCUCUUAGCUCAGAGUCCGGGGAACUGGGACUCAUCACCUUGAACUUCCCUCCUGGGGGGAAAAACCAAACCAAAGACUCGCGGUGCGUUAACACCUCUAAGGUGUCUCUGGCCGGGUGGGCAGUUGCUUGGAUGAACGGUUGUGGAGAACCGGGGUUGUUUUCCAGUAGCUCCAUGACAUAGUGGGAGCAAACUAAGGUCCAGGCUUGUGCUGCCCAGGGUAGGAAGUUGCUUCUUGACCUCACCUGGGCUCCUUUCCUCCAUCCAAGAGCCAUCUCCCCGCAUGACGGUACCACUGUGAUGGCUCUGACACCUUCCUCGGUGGUUGUCCAAAGCUCUCCCUCGGAUUUCAUACAUUUUCUGUCUCCUUGACUGAGUUAUGGUUGUUAUUUUUUUAACAAACGCUGUAGCCCUGAUGAGUUAUUUAAAUAAACUCACCUGUUUGGCCUA